CCUAAACAAAACAGGAACACGGACACGGAAGUAGUAGUUCCAAUAAUAUAAUAAUAUUGUACACAAAAUCCAGCAUGAGCGAAAACGUGUUCAAAUUUCGGCCAAAUGGAUCAGCGUCAGACAGCAGUGGGGAAGACCAGGAGGGCCAGGAGCGGGAUGCCCUGGGCCCCCUCACCAUCAACGUCUUGUCUCCGGGCAUCAUGAGCCCCACUGCGCUGUCACCGCACAACAAAGUGCCUAACAGUCCAUCCAAAGUCGGCCCGUCUCGCAAGAAGCGCCGAGCUCCAGGGGCGUCAAAGCCAGACGAGGCAAGAGUGCUUCACACGCAUGGCCGGAGAACGCUGUACACAGCCGGCCGACCGCCCUGGUACAACAAGGAGGGCCAGCUGAAGGAUGCGUUUGUUAUAGGGUUAUGCGGAGGAAGUGCGUCGGGGAAAACCACAGUGGCGAGAAAAAUUAUUGAGGCAUUAGAUGUACCAUGGGUCAGUUUGGUCAGCAUGGAUUCAUUUUAUAAGGUUCUUAACCAUGAGCAGCACGAGAGGGCUGGGCAGAAUGAGUAUAACUUUGACCAUCCCGAUGCUUUUGACUUUGACCUAAUGAUCUCCACAAUCCGGCGAUUAAAAGACGGCAAGAGCAUCAAUGUGCCUAUCUACAAUUUUGCCACACAUGCGAGAGAGAAGGAAAUGAAAACAAUCUAUGGGGCCAAUGUUGUCAUAUUUGAGGGAAUCAUGGCUUUUGCCAAUCUCGAACUUCUCGAGCUAAUGGAUAUGAAAGUAUUUGUGGACACGGAUUCGGACGUCCGACUGGCUCGCCGGCUGAGAAGAGACAUCGCCGAGAGGGGGCGGGAAUGCCAGGGCGUGCUCAAGCAGUACAUGAAAUUUGUGAAGCCGUCCUUCGAGCAUUACAUCGAACCUUCCAUGCGGCUGGCAGACAUCAUCGUGCCGAAGGGAGGGGAGAAUGAUGUGGCCAUCAACCUCAUCGUCCUCCAUGUUCACAACCAGCUGCAGGCGAGAGGGUUUAAACUGAGGGGUCAGCUGGCCCAGUCAUCACACAAUGGUCAGCCAAUGCCCGGAACUCUUCACAUUCUAGAAAAAACUCCACAGGUCCACGGAAUUCAUUCCUUCAUCAGGGACAAAGACAUUGGCAGGGACGAGUUCAUCUUCUACUCCAAACGCUUGAUGCGACUUCUCUUUGAGUUCGCUUUGUCAAUGCUGCCUUUCAAGGAUGUACUUAUAGAAACUGCUCAAGGAGUUCCUUAUAGUGGGAAACGUAUUGCUGCUGACAAGAUUGCUGGUGUGUCAAUCCUGAGAGCCGGAGAGACGAUGGAGCAGGCCCUGUGUGAGGUGUGCAAGGACGUGACCAUCGGAAAAAUCCUCAUCCAAACCAAUCUAGACACCGGGGAACCUGAGCUCCACUACACGCGGCUGCCCAAAGACAUCAAGGACCAGUACAUCUUCCUGCUGGACGCGACAGUCGCGACCGGUGCGGCGGCCAUGAUGGCCAUCCGCGUCCUGUUGGACCACGACGUUCCGGAGGACAAAAUCUUGUUGUGUUCACUGCUCAUGGCUCAGUCAGGUGUCAAUUCUGUUGCCUAUGCAUUCCCAAAAGUGAAAAUUGUGACGACUGCUGUUGACAAAGAAGUGAAUGAAGCCUUCCACAUCCUGCCCGGCAUUGGUAAUUUUGGUGAUCGCUACUUUGGAACGGACUAUGCUGACUGACGAGGAAGAAGCGAGAGGCAAAAAGCAGCUUGAACAACUUGGCUGGUUUCUGGGGUCACAAGGAGGCCAGGAAAUGCCUUCAACAAUUCAUGUUAUAAUGGUACAGCCUUCACUGUUGGGAAAAAAAA